AUGGCCGUCGCCGGCGCUUUUACCGUGGCCGCCUGCGCGACGACCGCCGCGGCGGCGGCCGUUCUGGCCCUCACCUCCUCCUCGUCGUUCGACAACGACGAGGCGCGGAGCGGCGCCACGGUGGCGCCGGAGGCGGGGGCGGUUUCUUCGCCAGCCCCGUCGCGCGAGUGCGCGGUGUGCCUGUCCGAGCUGCCGGCUGGAGCGGAGGAGGGGCGCUCGGGCCCCGGGCCGGCGGUGCGGGCGCUGCCGGCGUGCGGCCACGCGUUCCACGCCGACUGCAUCGGCAGGUGGCUGCCGCUGCGCCCGAAGUGCCCGCUCUGCCGCCGCCCCGUGCUGCCCAACGACGGGCAGCAGGCGGACGCGGGGGCCAUGGUGGCAUCGGCCACGCCAGCGCCUCCGUGGGCGCGACCGGCGAGCGGGAUAGCCUGCGGCUUCGGUGACGGGAGGGUGGUGUGGACGCGCAGCCCAUCCGCCAGACAGCAGUCUGAUUAG